AUGGAUCAAUUGAAGGUUCACAACUCUUUGAAGCCUGGGGGUCCAGUUCCAUUUGUUCCCAUUGAGAAGGGAAAGGUCUCUUGGUAUGUCUGCGGACCGACAAUUAUCCUCAAAGCCAGAAGACAAAAGCUAUUGGAAUUGGAGAAAUCGAAAGCGUACACCGAAUCUGAACUCGCAAAAUUAGCGGCAGAAGCUUUCCAGUCCUACGCAACCGCAAAUCUACCCGAAUUGUUGAGAGAUAGCAAUCAACUUACGCCUAGCAACUAUGCAGAAAGAAGAGACACGGCAUAUGGAAAGGUUUUGGCUGGUGGAACUUUGACUGGUGAAGGGAAACCUGGAGAUGCGGAAGCUAAGAUGAAGAUGCACAUCAGCAAUCUUUCCUCUGCAGCGCAAGCAAUACAGCAGGACAAAAUUUUUGGCGGAGCAGAUGAGAUCCUCCUUCCAUACCUCGAUUCUCUGUAUAAAGAUUCGAUAGAUGCAAAAGAUCAUACAAUUUUCACUAACGUGACACAAUACUGGGAGGAACAAUUCAUGGAAGAUAUGGAUGCAUUGAAUGUUUUACGGCCAGAUGUCAUUACUCGAGUUACCACCUACGUACCAAAGAUCGCUACCUUCGUCGAGAAGAUUAUUCAAAAAGGGUUUGCGUAUGAGUCAGAUGGAUCUGUCUACUUUGAUAUUGCAGCUUUCGAGAAGGCCGGCAAUCCUUACGCGCGACUGCGACCAGAGAGUAGAAACGAUAAAGCCUUGCAAGAGGAAGGAGAAGGAUCGCUAUCCAAGAAUUUGGGUGGUAAGCGAGGGGCAGGAGACUUUGCUCUUUGGAAAAAGUCAAAGGCAGGAGAGCCAAGCUGGCCAAGUCCCUGGGGUGAAGGUAGACCUGGAUGGCACAUUGAGUGCUCCGUGAUGGCGUCAGAUGUUUUGGGAUCGAAGAUGGAUAUUCAUUCUGGUGGUAUUGAUCUUGCAUUCCCUCACCAUGAUAACGAAUUGGCACAAAGUGAGGCAUAUUUCUGCGAACACGAGCAUGGCCCACAUGAGUGGGUGAAUUACUUUUUGCAUAUGGGGCAUCUUUCUAUUGCAGGAUCAAAGAUGUCAAAGUCUCUCAAGAAUUUCCAGACAAUUCGUGAUGCGCUGGCUACAGACUACACUCCAAGGUCGAUGAGGAUAGUGUUCUUGAUGGGAAGAUGGAACGAUGGCGUCGAAAUUUCUCCAGAUAUGAGGCUAAUGGCGGACGCAUGGGAAGCUACAGUGAAUAACUUCUUUGUCAAUGUCAAAUCUCUUAUAAUUGAGGCUGGAAAUUCCAGAUCUGAUGAAGAAUUAAAGUCUCUUUCAAUUCAUCCAGAAUUGCAAAUAGCAUUAGACAAGGCACAAGCAGACCUUCAGACCGCCCUCACAGAAUCCUUCGAUACACCACGAGCAAUGCUUAUUUUACAAGAGCUAAUUAAAGAAUCAAACGUUCAUAUUGGCUCGCACAAGAAUGACCUUGAUAUUCAGGGACUUGAGAAAGUCGCUCGAUGGAUAACCAAGAUUCUUGGCAUCUUUGGCCUUGAUGCGAAUGCAACAGCGCCAUACGAUGGACUUGGCUGGGCUAAUGCUCCCGUGAACAGCAAUCACACCCCUGAGCAGGUUGUGGCACCGUAUUCUGAGGUAUUCAAACAAGUCAAGCGAGAAAUUGAGGGCUUGUCUAUACAUUCAGAAACCCUGGAUAGAUUGCUCGCGAUAGAUGUUGAUAACGAAUUUUCUAUAAUCGUAUCUUCGGGAACAAAGGAUCAAGAAGCUCUUGCUUUACCAUACAUACGUGCCAUUGCGAAGACUAGAGAUGAGCUGAGACGAGUAGCACCAGGUUCCGAACAUAAGAAACACAUCUUAUCGUUGUCCGAUCGUGUUCGUGAUAAUGAUCUCACAAAUCUUGGAGUAUAUCUUGAUGAUAGGCCUGAUGAUCAGGGUUCGCUCAUUAAGUUCAUUCCAAAAGAAGAACUUUUAGCACAAAAGGAAGAAAAACUGGUUAAAGAAAGAGAAAAGGCAGCACAAAAAGAAGCCGCCAAGCUCGCUAGAGAAAGGCUGGAGCAAGAGAGGCUCGAGAAGGCCAAACUCAGUCCAGUGGAUAUGUUCAAGGAUGAUCGAUUUAGUUCAUGGGAUGUUGAUGGUAUGCCAACAAAGACGAAAGAUGGAGAAGAUGUACCGAAGAGCGCAUUGAAGAAAUUGAAGAAGGAUUGGGAGAGGCAGAAGAAAGCUCAUGAGGACUGGAAAGCUAAGGCGCAGUCAUGA